AUGGGAGCAAAAAUUAUCACGCUCAUCGCGCUGGCCUUAAUGAACAUGUCCAUUUGCACCGGGCGUAGCAUCAAUGGGGCAGGUCUUGAAUUGCUCAAAGUGUCUGAGGGUUUUGUGGCCGAUUUCUACCACGAUCAAAUUGGCCUGAAAACCAUUGGCUAUGGGCACGCGUGCAAAUGGCAAGGUUGCGAUGGCAUACACCCGCCAAUCAGCAAGGCGGAAGGCACCAAGAUCUUAAUGAAAGACCUUGUUCAAUUUGAAAAGUGCGUCGAGCGGCUAGUCCCAGCCGGCCUUAACGACAAUCAAUUCUCCGCGUGUGUGGACUUUGCGUUUAACAUGGGUUGCGGUGCGUUUGGGGGGUCAGACAUACUGAAGCAAUUGCGGGCCAAUAACAGGGUCGGGGCGGCCGACGCUUUCCUGAAGUACGAUGAGGCGGGCGGUCGACGUAUUGAGGGGCUGACUGUACGGCGCCGUAAAGAUAGGGAAUUAUUUCUGGCCUAA